UGACCUCCAAAGCCACCAUAGCUAUGGCCUAUACAUACACAUAAUACAUAUGAAAUAUUAAAUAUAUACGAUAUAUAUAUGUGUACAUUUUGCAGAAUAAAUAUUGAAGAAAUCAACAUCUUCUUCUCCAAAUUUGUUCAGUUACUUUGAUAUUUUGUCUGAGAAAAUAAUUUUUUUGGGUAUUUCGAUUGGAGAAGUGAGGUCCGGCGAUGUUAUAGAGCUGAGGAGUCGUCGGAGUUUAUAAAUUGAGGUGAUUUGUUGUGUAAAAGAGAGGAGAAGAUGAGACGAGUGAACGGAGAGCAAAGAGGAGUGGAUAGCACUCUGGAAACUAUAAACGCAGCUGCUACUGCGAUCGCUUCGGUUGAAAAUCGUGUUCCUCAAGCUUCCGUUCAGAAACGAAGAUGGGGAGGCUGCUGGAGCAUGUAUUGGUGUUUUGGGUCUCAGAAACAGACAAAGCGAAUCGGACAUGCAGUUUUUGUUCCUGAAACAACAGCCCCUGGGGCAGAUAGACCUGCUGCUGGUAAUUCAACUCAAGCUCCUUCUAUAGUGCUUCCCUUCAUUGCCCCUCCCUCAUCUCCUGCUUCUUUCUUGCCAUCAGAACCUCCUUCCGCAACCCACUCACCAGUUGGCUCGAAAUGCCUUUCCUCUAUGUCUACUUAUUCUCCCAGUGGACCUGCCUCGAUUUUUGCUAUUGGGCCAUACGCUCAUGAACCUCAACUGGUAUCUCCACCUGUGUUCUCUACAUUCACCACUGAACCAUCAACUGCUCCGUUUACCCCUCCACCUGAGUCAGUCCACUUGACUACACCCUCAUCGCCUGAGGUACCAUUUGCUAAGCUUCUUGACCCCAAUCACCAAAAUGUUGAUGCUGGUAAUAGAUUUCCUUUUGCUCAGUAUGAAUUUCAAUCAUAUCAACUUCAACCAGGGAGUCCAGUCAGCAAUUUGAUAUCGCCUGGGUCAGCCAUUUCUGUAUCUGGAACCUCAUCUCCGUUUAUUGACCGCGAGUCUAAUCCUGGACGCCCUCAGUUCCUGAACCUGGAGAAGAUAGCCCCUCAUGAAUGGGGAUCACGGCAAGGAUCUGGGACUUUGACCCCUGAUACAGUAUACCCCAAGUAUCAUGACAGUUUCCUUCUCAAUCAUCAGAACUCUGGCGUUCCUCGUCUUUCAAAGCCGCUUAAUGGAUGGAAAAAUGAUCUAACAGUGGUUGACCAUAGAGUUUCUUUCGAGAUAACUGCAGAAGACGUAGUGAGGUGUGUGGAAAAGAAGCCAACGAUGUUGAUGAAAACUGGAUCGAUGUCUCUCCAGGAUGUAGAGCGUAACACUAAACGAGAGGCAAACCCGGCUGAAAUGUCAAAUGGACAGGAGUGCGACGGGAAUGAGCCAUGCGGCGAAAUACGUGAGGGAUCUUCUGCUGAUGGAGAGGAUUCACAGAGGCACCAGAAGCAAAGAUCGAUCACUCUUGGAUCCUCAAAAGAAUUCAACUUUGACAAUGUAGAUGGAGGAUAUCCCGAUAAAGCUACUAUUGGCUCUGAUUGGUGGGCCAACGAGAAGGUUCUCGGGAAGCAGGGUGGGGCAAGCAAUAACUGGAUCUUCCCUAUGAUGCAGCCCGGCGUCAGCUAACUGGUUAUAUCGCUUUGGUAAGUCCACACCAUACUAAUAAGCUGCUGCUCAGCUGCCCUAAAUUUCGAUACAACCAGCUGCAAAUACCAGAACUCUUGAUAUCAAAAUGUACAAGGAUGAGGUGUUGAAGUGCAGCAAGACUGAUAUAGUAGUCGAUGCGAAGGCUGUUUUUUGGGCACUUCCUGAAUUUAGGAAAAGAUGGAUAGGGAUGCAUUGUAGGAAUUACCAUUUGAUAAACUAGUUUUGCACCCCUCAGUGAGAGUUUUACAUUUAACUAGUUAGAAUCUACAUCUUCACUUUUUACCUCUUUUAUGUAUAAAACAUAAAUAAUUGCUAGAACAGUGUAGCAGAUGAUGAUGAUAAUGAUGAUAAUCUUCAUGUAGUUUUAAUUGGAAUACAAUCUUUCUUCACCAA